AUGGCGGAAGAAAGCCCGGAGCUCCAGUCCAGGUUGAAGGACCUGGACCAAGAAUUGGAGGAUGGCGAAAUCACUCAAAAAGGGUAUCAGAAGCGACGUACCAUCCUCCUGUCGCAAUACCUCGGCCCAAACAAGCCCCUCGAUAUCAACAUCCAUGCGCAUACGGGCCAGGAAGAGCAAUCAGAUGGCUCACAGAUAGCUCCUCCUACCAUAUUGAGUGUUCGCCCGCCGACCGCUGAAUCGUCCCAGCCCACUAUCGCUUCACCAACCUAUGCAGGCGGCUAUGAGCCCUCUACGGGCAGCGGAGGAAUCGGAUACAAUCGGGACAGGCAAAGUGCGCAGCUUGGAGCGCCCGGAGGAUCCGAUAGAGAUAGUAGCGGCAUGUUACAAGCUCACGAUCGAAUGCCAUCAUCGGGAUCAUAUGAUUCCCUCUUUCUUCCCAGGCCGGGGGCUCCAGGAGGCCCAGGCCCAGAUGGUUCUAGAACCGCGACUUUGAUGAGCCAGAAUUACGCUUUCAACCCCGAAGCCCAGCAAGGUUAUGCGCAGCCAGAAUACUCUCAGCAGCCUGAAUACGUGGACGAUGGAAUGGGGGGUUACGAUGCUGGCUACGAUCCAGCUUCGGGCGGGGUCACGCGACACUCGACUAUGCUUGAUUCCCAGCAGGGAUACUUCUCAGAUUUUGCCGGUCAGCAGCAUGGCGACUAUAGAGAGAGCUAUGGUGGUGGAUUCCACCGUUAUUCUCAAUCCGGAGAAGCUUUCUCGCCAACAGCCAACAUGGCCCCGCCGUUUAUCCCCGCUUCGGAUCUCCAGCAUGGGCCGGCUAUUGAGCAUUUGGUGCCUCUCGAACCGCGUGACAUUCCCUUUGCGGUUACUGACCCCCACGACAAAAAUAUACCAAUGUCCAAUUUCGAAAAUAUCCCAGCAGUGCUGCGACACCGCGCGCGAGUCCAUCCGAAGCAGCCGGCAUACUGGGUGUUGGACCAGAAAGGAAAGGAAAUUGCAUCCAUAACAUGGGAUAAGCUGGCUAGCCGCGCAGAGAAGGUUGCUCAGGUCAUCCGUGACAAGAGUAACUUGUACCGCGGUGACCGAGUCGCCCUGAUCUAUCGCGACACCGAGGUUAUCGAGUUUGCCGUCGCUCUCAUGGGUUGUUUUAUUGCCGGAGUUGUUGCGGUUCCUAUCAACAGUCUGGAUGAUUACCAGUCUCUUAAUUUGGUGCUCACCUCCACCCAGGCGCAUUUGGCUUUGACCACGGAGAACAACCUGAAGGGCUUUCAACGUGACAUUACUGCACAGAAGCUGAACUGGCCGCGAGGAGUUGAGUGGUGGAAGACCAACGAGUUUGGCAGCUUCCACCCUAAAAAGAAGGACGACACACCUCCGCUUGUUGUCCCAGAUCUGGCCUAUAUCGAGUUUGCUCGCGCUCCCACUGGGGACAUGCGUGGUGUGGUCAUGAGCCACCGAACCAUCAUGCACCAAAUGGCUUGUCUGAGCGCGAUGGUCUCCACAGUCCCCACUGAUGCGAGUGCCAGACAAUACGCGUCCAAGGGAGAAACAAUAAUCAGUUAUCUUGACCCGAGGCAAGGAAUUGGUAUGAUAUUAGGCGUUCUCUUGACGGUAUACGGCGGUCACACAACCGUUUACCACGAGGACCGAGCUGUUGAGACCCCCGGUUUAUAUGCCCACAUAAUCACCAAAUACCGGGCGACAAUUAUGGCUGCCGAUUACUCUGGCUUGAAGAUCGCUGCGUAUAACUACCAGCAAGAUCCGAUGUCGACUCGGCACUAUAAAAAGAAUUCAGAGCCUAAUUUCAGCAGCGUCAAACUCUGCCUUAUCGACACACUCACCCUCGAUCCUGAAUUCCAUGAAAUUCUUUCCGACAGAUGGCUGCGCCCAAUGAGAAAUCCUCGGGCUAGAGAAAUUGUGUCUCCAAUGCUUUGCUUGCCCGAGCACGGUGGUAUGGUUAUCAGUGUACGUGACUGGAUUGGUGGUGAAGAGCGGAUGGGAUGCUCCUUGAUGCAUGAAAUGGACCCAGCCAUCCGCGAUGGGGUCAAGAAAGACGACGCGAAAUUCGAAAAGUCCGAGACCAACACUGGCUUUGGUAGCAGUCUUCUCGGUGGUGGUUCUCGUAUCUCCACACCCAAGGAAACUGCCAGAAAUGAGCUGAGCGAGGUGCUUCUCGACAAAGAGGCUCUCAAGAGCAAUGAGGUUGUCGUCUUGGCCAUGGGUGAAGAUGCCCGCAAGUACGCUAGUAGCAUGCCUCAUGCUGUCCGUAUCGGUGCUUUCGGUUACCCAAUCCCCGAUGCGACAUUGGCCGUCGUUGACCCAGAGACUAACCUCUUGUGCACACCAAAUGUCGUCGGUGAAAUUUGGGUGGAUUCGCCAUCAUUGUCUGGAGGCUUCUGGGCGUUGCCAAAACACACUGAAGCGAUCUUCCAUGCUCGGCCUUACAAAUUCGAAGACGCGAACCCCACGCCAAUUCUUGUCGAGCCCGAAUUCCUACGCACUGGUCUUCUAGGCUGCGUGAUCGAGGGACGGGUGUUCAUUCUGGGUCUCUACGAAGACCGACUGCGCCAGAAGGUUGAGUGGGUUGAGCACGGCCAAGAAAUUGUCGAACAUCGAUACUUUUUUGUCCAGCACUUAGUUGUCAGCCUGUUGAAGAAGGUGCCCAAGAUCCACGAUUGCACAGCAUUCGAUGUGUUUGUGAACGAUGAGCAUCUGCCAGUCAUUGUGUUGGAGUCAUUUGCUGCCUCAACCGCACCGACAACAUCUGGCGGGCCUCCGAGACAACUAGACUCCGUUCUCCUUGAUUCGCUUGCCGAGCGCUGUAUGGAGGUUCUGUACCAAGAGCACCACCUGCGCGUCUACUGUGUGCUCCUCACAGCCCCGAAUUCUCUUCCCCGCGUGACCAAGAAUGGAAGACGGGAAAUCGGCAAUAUGCUCUGCCGCAAGGACUUCGAGGCCGGCAUGCUGCAGGCUGUGCAUGUCAAGUUCGGAGUCGAGCGUUCGGUGAUGAAUCUGCCUGUCGGCGUGGACCCCGAAGGAGGUAUCUGGUCACCAAUUGCAUUGGCCUCAAGACAGGAAACUCUCUCCUACCAAGAAAAGCAAUACUCAGGUGUUGACUAUCGCGAUGUUGUCAUGGACGACCGCACCUCUACACCCCUCAACAGUUUCAAGUCUAUUGUCGAUCUUCUCCAGUGGCGUAUCUCUCGCCAAGCGGAUGAGCUGGCCUAUUGCUCUAUCGACGGCCGCGGUAAAGAAGGCAAGGGCAUUACCUGGAAGAAGUUUGAUCAGAAGGUUUCCGCGGUUGCAACCUAUCUGAAAAACAAGGUCAAGGUCCGACCUGGGGAUCAUCUUGUCUUGAUGUACACCCAUUCAGAAGAGUACGUGUACGCCAUUCAUGCUUGCCUCUGUCUGGGUGUUGUUGUCAUUCCAAUGGCUCCGAUUGAUCAAAAUCGUCUGUCGGAAGAUGCGCCUGCUUUUCUGCAUAUUAUCAGCGAUUUUAAUGUCAAGGCUAUCAUUGUGAACACCGAGGUUGACCAUGUCAUGCGGCAAAAGCUUGUCUCCCAACACAUCAAGCAAUCAGCGCAGGUCCUUCGCAUCGGUGUGCCGGCCAUUUACAACACGACGAAGCCGUCGAAGCAGUCUCACGGCUGCCGCGAGCUCGGAUACACUAUGAAGGACACCUGGCUUCAGGCCAACCAGCCAGCUUUGAUUUGGACCUACUGGACGCCGGACCAGCGCCGUAUUUCUGUUCAGAUCGGCCAUGACACCAUCAUGGGUAUGUGCAAGGUGCAAAAAGAGACAUGUCAAAUGACAAGCAUGAGACCUGUUUUGGGUAGUGUACGCAGUACUCUGGGUCUUGGAUUCCUUCACACCUGCUUGAUGGGUAUCUAUGUCGGCGCUCCUACCUACCUCGUUUCGCCUGUCGACUUCGCUCAAAACCCGAUGACACUCUUCGUGACGCUCUCUCGCUACAAGAUCAAGGACACUUACGCCACGAGUCAGAUGUUGGAUUAUGCCAUCAGCUCCAUGGCAGGCAAGGGCUUCCAGUUGCAAGAAAUGAAGAAUCUGAUGAUUUCCGCGGAGGGCCGACCCAGGACCGACAUUUACCAGAAGGUGCGCGUGCACUUUGCUUCCACUAGCCUGGACCGUACUGCGAUCAAUGUCGUGUACUCGCACGUUCUCAACCCAAUGAUUGUGACAAGAUCUUACAUGUGCAUUGAGCCGAUUGAGCUGUAUCUCGACCUCCGCAGUCUUCGUCGUGGUCUGAUCUACCCCGUGGAUCCUGAUGCCGACCCAACUGCUCUCUUGCUCCAGGACUCUGGAAUGGUGCCAGUCAACACCCAGAUUGCCAUUGUCAACCCGGAGACCUGCACUCUUGCCCACGUCGGAGAGUACGGUGAGAUCUGGGUCCAAUCCGAUGCCUGUGCCCAGGGCUUCUACAGAUCUAAGCAGGAGUUCGAUUCUGAGAGAAUGAACGGCCGAGUUCUUGACGGAGACCCCGGUGUGCCUUACGUCCGCACUGGAGAUCUCGGCUUCCUCCACACAGUCACCCGUCCCAUCGGACCUGGAGGCCAGCCAGUGGAAAUGCAGGUACUGUUCGUCCUUGGAAACAUUGGUGAGACCUUUGAGGUCAACGGCUUGAACCACUUCCCCAUGGAUAUCGAAAACUCUGUCGAGAGAUGCCACCGUAAUAUCAUGAAUGGAGGAUGUGCUAUAUUCCAAGCUGGUGGUCUGAUAGUGGUCGUGGUUGAAGUUACUCGCAAGUCGUUCCUCGCAUCUCUUGUCCCGGUCAUUGUUGAUGCAAUCCUGAACGAGCACCAAGUGGUUGCGGACAUCGUUGCUUUUGUCUCCACGGGUGACUUCCCUCGCUCGCGUCUCGGUGAGAAGCAGCGUGGAAAGGUCCUGGCAUCCUGGGUGACCCGUAAGUUGCGUACGAUCGCGCAGUUCAGCAUCCGAGAUAUGGAAGACAAUCCGUUCGCCGACAUGAUGCAGAAUCGUGCCAGCCGAAGCUCUAAGCCCGGAAGUACGAUGGGCAACAGCAUGAGGCGGUCGACCAUGAACCCCGAUACUGAGGUUCCUGCGCUGCCACAAUCACCUGCCCUCGUGGUUCCGGACCAUGAACUCGAGGCAAAUACGGAGGGGUAUCAGGAUUACCAGGAUCAUCAGGAUCAUAUAUCCGCUCGACCUAGACUGCCGGAGCUUGACACUCGGACAGACAGCCAUGUGUCUGCAGCUCAAGUUUCUUCGGCGACUUCUACAGUGCCCUUCAUUCAGGAACCGCUGUCAGCCACUAUCCACUCGGCAGAUGAUGAUCACCACUUCGACCCAGUAGAUCACCAUGCUCCUCCCCCACCAGCCACUGGCGAGCCAGGACCGCCUCGUGAUUUCCGAUUCAGCUUUGAUAUUAUCACCACUCCCGUCGAGUCCUCAUUCCCUACCGAGCAACUCUCGACAGGACGGGAACCGCGUCCUAGUCAGCAACCCGGAACGUACGGCUAUGGUUCAGGCCCGGCGCAUGAUGAAUAUCGACCGGGCACUCAAGACAGCGCAUUAAGCGAUGAUUGGGCCCAGGAAGCCCUGAUGUACCAGUCCGCACUGGGAGACGAGGGCGGCCAAGACGCUCACCGGAACCCGGCACAGAAACGUUAUGACGCUGAUGGCUACGGUCUUUAA